CACCAGACAAACACCGUCGGGUAAGGCUCCAGUCGUACCACAGGUGUUAGCUAAGAUAAGGAUGAGGCAAGGUGUGUUGUUGUUGUUGUCGCUGGCUGUAGCCUGCACGCUGGCAGCAGUUCUAUCGGCUAAGAUAAAGGACGAGGCACAGGCUUGGGACUGGAUCGAGGAAUACGAUGUUAAAGCACAGGAGUUCUAUUAUGCCAGCAGUUUGGCGGCCUGGAACUACAACACCAACUUGACGGACCACAACCAGAAUUUAAUGAUCCAAGCCUCCUUGGCCGCCGCAGCGUUUGAUAAGGAAGCUAGUUUGAAUGCAUCCAGGUUUGAUGACAAUGCUUUCACUAAUACCACCCUCAAGCGUUUGUUCAGUAAAAUCAAGGACAUUGGUACAGCCGCCAUGCGAGACCCCGACAAGCUAGAGCGGUUGUCAAAAGUGAACGCUGAUAUGGAAAACAUUUACAGUACGGGAAAGGUGAUGAUAGAUGGCAAAGAACAUUCCCUUGAUCCAGAACUUACCAAGCUGCUGGCGUCAUCACGUAAUUACACUAAGCUCCUCAUAGCAUGGGUGGGGUGGAGAAACGCUACUGGAAAGAAAAUGAAGAAUCUGUAUGAGGAAUUUGUGACCCUUAGCAACGAAGCCAUCAGUGAUAAUGGUUAUCCGGACACGGGCGAUUACUGGCGCUCCUGGUAUGAGAGUCAAACAUUUAUACAGGAUUUAGAGGAGUUGUACAAGCAACUCAGUCCUCUAUACCAAAACUUACAUAUCUACGUUCGCCGGAAGUUGAAGGAGGUGUACGGCGCAGACAAAUUCCCGUCUUCCGGUCAUAUCCCUGCUCAUUUAUUGGGAAACAUGUGGGCACAGCAGUGGAAUAACUUGUUGGAUAUAAUGCAGCCAUAUGACAAGGAGAGCGUUGAUGUGACAGACGCUAUGGUGGAACAGGGUUACGACGCCUUGAGGAUGUUCAAUGUGUCUGAGGAGUUUUUCACCUCGCUGGGACUGAUCCCAAUGCCUCAGAAGUUCUGGGACCAUUCUAUGCUCGAGAAACCAACAGACGGCCGUGAAGUUGUCUGUCACGCCUCGGCCUGGGACUUUUACAACCAGCAGGACUUCAGGAUAAAGCAGUGUACAGUGGUGACGAUGGACCAGCUGAUCACUGUCCACCACGAGAUGGGACAUGUGGAGUAUUAUCUACAGUACAAGCACCUACCGACGCCAUUCCGCCGUGGAGCCAACCCAGGUUUUCACGAGGCUGUGGGAGAUGUGCUGGCCCUGUCAGUCAGCACCCCGAAACACCUGAAGGAGAUUGGCUUACUGGACAACGUAACAGAGGAUGAAGAAAGCGAUAUAAACUUCCUGCUGAGCAUGGCUCUUGAGAAGAUUGCCUUCCUACCUUUCGGCUACCUGAUGGAUCAGUGGCGCUGGUCGGUAUUCAGUGGUGCUACACCAUCUGCUAGCUACAACCAGAAAUGGUGGGAACUCAGGUGUAAAUACCAGGGCGUUUCUCCCCCGAUACAACGGACAGAAGACGAUUUUGACCCAGGUGCCAAGUUCCAUAUCCCUGGAAAUACACCAUAUAUUAGAUAUUUCGUGAGUUUUGUCAUACAGUUCCAGUUCCACAAAGCUCUGUGUGAAGAGGCCGGGCAAGGGUCUGUACCGCUGCACGAAUGUGACAUCUACAGGUCAAAGGAAGCCGGAAAUAAACUGGCGCAAGUACUAAGCUUGGGAUCUUCUAAGCCUUGGCCAGAUGCAAUGGAAAUGAUGACCGGAAGUCGAAAAAUGAAUGCGCAGCCAUUGAUGGACUAUUUCCAGCCACUGACAGACUGGCUGAAAGCGGAGAAUGAGAAAGCUGGCGAUAAGAAGGGCUGGGACGAAAAGUGCCCGGAUCUCACUCGAGCCUCAUCCACAUCUGUGUCAGUGUCCACAGCUAUACUCUUGGGCUGUCUUCUUGUCAUCAGGAUGACAGACAGUGAGGUAAGAAUGGAGUGCCCCUGGGUAAUUUUGUUCCUCGGGCUCUGUACCCUCAUAUCUGCAGAUUCCUCUCUUAUUGAGGAUGAGGCCCAGGCGGAGAGAUAUGCGGAGGAAUACAACGUUUUGGCGGAAGUGGCCACCAAUGAGAACGUGCUGGCUUCCUGGGCAUACAACACUGACCUGACCCCGGAGAACGAACAGGCACAGGUAGCGGCAAGUUUGAAAUUUUCUCAGUUUCAAAAAGCCGCAAGUGUAAAUGCAUCCAAGUUUGAUUCAGCGAAUUUCCAGAAUCAAACAUUAAAACGACUGUUCAACAAAAUCAGAGACGUUGGCACGUCUGCCCUGCAGGAUGAGCAAAAACAAGAACAACUGGCGCAAAGUUUGGCCAGAAUGGAGGGCAUCUACAGCCAGGCCACGGUCAACAUCAGUGGAGACGUCAUGCAUUUGGAACCCGGGUUAACUCGCCUGAUGGCCACCUCUCGGGAAUAUGACGAACUUCUAAAUGCCUGGAAAGGUUGGAGGGAUGCUUCGGGGAAGAAAAUGAGAAAAACUUAUGAAGAAUUCGUGUCUCUUAGUAAUGAAGCCAUCAAGGCGAAUGGGUUUGUCGACACCGGUGCUUGGUGGAAAUCCUGGUACGAGAGUGACGAAUUUGAGAAGGAUGUUGAAGGUUUGUGGCAGAAAGUCCUUCCGUUUUACACCAGCCUUCAUCAGUACGUGAGGAGGGAGCUUAAGAAAACGUACAGCCCCGAGAAUUUCCCCACGACGGGCCAUAUACCUGCUCAUCUACUUGGAAAUAUGUGGGCUCAGGAUUGGACGAAUAUCCUGUCAAUGGUGGAGCCCUAUGAUUUACAAAGCGUGGAUGUGACUGACGAAAUGAAAAAAAAGAACUACACGCCCCUCAAAAUGUUUCAAACAGCAGAAGGAUUCUUCACAUCGCUAGGCCUGAUGCCGAUGACUGCGGAGUUCUGGAACAACUCGAUGAUUGAGCGCCCAGAUGAUGGGCGACAGGUAGUGUGCCAUGCCUCAGCCUGGGACUUCUUCAACGGUUCAGACUUUAGGAUUAAAAUGUGCACUGACGUGACAAUGCAAGACCUGGUCACCGUCCACCAUGAAAUGGGUCACAUUCAGUAUUACAUGCAGUACAGCGACCAGCCCAUGCCCUUCAGGGAAGGAGCUAACCCAGGUUUUCACGAGGCUAUCGGAGACGUGUUAGCUCUGUCUGUGAGUACCCCCACGCACCUCCAACAGAUUGGACUCUUGCAGAACGCGACAGAGGACGAAGAAUAUUACACCAAUUACUUGAUGUCUAUGGCCUUAGACAAAAUCGCCUUUCUGCCAUUCGGCUACCUAAUUGAUCAGUGGCGAUGGAGUGUGUUCAAAGGAGAAACAACAGCCUCCAACUACAAUGACAAGUGGUGGCAACUGAGAUGUAAGUACCAGGGUAUCUCUCCGCCCGUCCAGAGGACAGAGAAUGAUUUCGACCCGGGGGCUAAAUACCACAUCCCCGCAAACACACCCUACAUCAGGUAUUUUGUCAGUACUAUAAUACAGUUCCAAUUCCAUAAAGCUCUGUGUGCGAAGGCCAACCAAACCGGUCCACUAUAUAAAUGUGACAUUUACAUGUCUCAACAAGCUGGAGAUCUACUGAGUGACGUGUUGAGAAUGGGUUCGUCCGAACCGUGGCAGGACGCCAUGCAGGUCUUCACAGGGCAGACAAAGAUGGACGCCCAGCCUAUGUUGGAUUAUUUCGAGCCACUUAUCAUGUGGUUAAAGGAACGGAAUGCUGAAGCGGGUGAUCAGGGAGGUUGGGAUGACAGCUGCCCGGGGUAUGGGAGAGCGGGAUUCCUCAGCGCCAGCACCACACUCAUUUACAGCCUUCCUUUCAUCACAAUCUGGUACAUGUGCCGUGUCUGAUACUUUUUUCACAAGGGUAAAUUAAUACAUUAGGUAGAAAUUGUACGAAUAUGAGUAAUCGAUUCCUUAUAGAAUUCAAUUCAAAUUUUGGAAAAUUUCUUUUUGGUCGAAUAAAAUCUUAAAGAUUCCCGCGUUCGCGUUGUCAAUGUCAACUCC